AUGUCUACCCCCGUGAAUCCCGAGUGUGCCACGCAUCUGCCGCAUACAAAUGAUACUUCUGACAGGCUGCCCGCUAGAUCACCACCAUCAAACAUCUCUGUCCUCAUUGUAGGCGGUGGUGUAGCGGGCUUACUUGCUGCCCUUGAGUGUUGGCGUAAGGGACAUGACGUGCGAGUCCUCGAAAGGAGUCCCUCGCGACUAUUGACAGGUGAUGGAUUCGCCAUAGGUCCCAGUGCAAUCAACGCGCUUCGACAAUGGCCAGAUUUGGAUAAGGAAAUACGGCAUUUAUCUUAUGAGCCGUGGAUUUCAUGGCACAAGAUUACUGGUGAGAUGAUCUCGAGCCCGAAACCCUUCGAAUUGAAUCCCUCAAAGACUACCUCUGGAGACCAAAAGAGCCAGCCUCCCGUGAAAGUAUACAGGUAUAGUCGUCCGAAGAUGCACAAGAUGCUGUCGGAUCAGCUUGAACGGAUUGGACUUGAGGUAGAAUAUGGUAAACGGGCAGUUGAAUUUUACGAGAGUUCAUCUUACUCCACAGCCGGCGUAUUUCUCCAAGACGGCGAAAAGAUCGAAGCCGACGUGGUUAUCGCUGCUGAUGGAAUUGGGAGCAUAUCCUCUCGUAUCACGCUGGGUCAUGAAGUCCGCGCCCGUCCUAUAGGCUUCUCGAUAUAUCGAUGCUCCUGUUCCAUCGAGUCGUUUCUGGCGGACCCUGUAUUCAACGAGAAGUUCUCCGAAUUAGAGGAUGACAGACCAAUGUUUCAAAUGUGGAUUGGCAAAAAUGUGCAUUUCCUCGUUGGAAGAAUGCAAAAUGAGAUAACGUGGUAUCUCACAUAUCAGAGCCGUGGAGAUAGCAAGGAGUCAUGGUCAAAUAUAGUAGACCCAGAUACCGUCCUCCAGACCACAGCCAUGAUCGAGGGAUGGCCGGAAUACGCAGACCGGUUGAUCCAAGCAACACCCAAAGAUUGUAUCAACGAUUUCAAGCUCAUGUGGCGUGAACCUCAGCCUUGCUGGACUUCUUGCACCGGCCGGGUUAUCCAGAUCGGCGACGCGGCCCAUACUUUCCAUCCCUCGUCUGGGAAUGGUGCUACGCAGGGAAUGGAAGACGCCAUCUCACUUGCUACAUGCUUGCAGAUUGCAGGAAAAGACAAUGUGCCCUGGGCAACUCGUGUCCAUAACAAACUUAGAUUCGAACGUGUCGCUUGUCUGCAAAUGCUGGGUGUGCUCAAUCACCAGAUGCGCCAUCGCUCUGCCGAUGCUAAGGUGUCGCAGGCGAAGCCGAUCGGAUUGCUUGGUGCUUGGAUCUGGCAGCAUAGCCCAGAGCAAUACGCGAUCGAAAACUAUCAGCUUGCACUCGCAAAUCUGGCCGGCCAGGGUUCGUUCCAAAACACCAACACUCCCCCGGGUUAUAUCUACAAGCCGUGGACUAUCGAUGAACUGCUGAAGGCUACUGAGGAGGGUGAGGAGAUUGUGCUCGAUGGAGACUGGGAAUGA